UGGAGGCUGGUCUCGUCGCUGCUGCUGCUGCUGCUGCUCACUAGAAACUUGUGCGGGUUGAAACUUUGGCAAAAAAAUCGUUAAAUGUCUGCAACAUAGCCAGACUUAUUUAAAAUAUAUGCUGCUCAAGAACUCUAUCAAUGUUUGACGAAGGAGAGGAAACCGACAGCGGUGAGAGAGCCCGUCUCUCCAGGUCUCCAUCACCGCCUCUGUCCGUCUGCCUUCCCCGAGGAUCUCCAUCCUCACCGCGGCCCCUGGACCUCUUCUCCUCCGCCUGUCCGCUGCUGGGCGACACGGACCCGCCUUACCUCGCCGCUCCGGAGUGUCUUCACCCGUCUCCUCCACCAGAGAGCCGGGAGCCCGGGGACUCCCCAAAGUUCUGCCAGAGCAGCGGGGGUGACGCCGGCUCUCCGUUCCGGUCGCAGCGGGAGGAUGUGCGGAUAGACGCGGCGUACGACCGCUGCGAUGACCCGGUGCCCAAGUGGAGAGGACGAGGCGCGGCGAACUCUGAGAGCUUUCAGCACCGCGGACAGAGACUCUCGGACCACGGGAACCACUCUGUUGAGCACGUUGAGCACGUCGACACCGGGUACAACUCAGAAAGCAGGCAAGCGAUGGACGCCAUGCAUCGCCGGCACACCACAUUGAGGGAGAAGGGGCGUCGCCAGGCGGUGCGGGGCCCGGCCUACAUGUUCAAUGAACGCGGCUCGGCCCUCACUGCAGAAGAGGAGCGUUUUCUGGACGCUGCUGAAUAUGGAAACAUUCCUGUGGUCCGCAAAAUGCUGGAGGAGUCCAAAACCCUUAACUUCAAUUGUGUGGACUACAUGGGCCAGAAUUCUUUGCAGCUGGCAGUGGGCAAUGAGCACCUAGAAGUGACAGAGCUGCUUCUAAAGAAGGAUGGUUUGGCUAGGAUCGGCGAUGGCCUGCUUUUGGCUAUCUCCAAGGGUUAUGUUCGGAUCGUUGAAGCCAUUCUCGCCCACCCUGCUUUUGGCGGAGGUAUCCGACUCGCUUUGAGCCCUCUGGAGCAGGAGAUGAGCGAUGACGACUUUUACGCUUACGACGAGGAUGGAACUCGUUUUUCGCAUGACGUCACGCCCGUCAUCCUGGCUGCUCACUGCCUGGAGUAUGAGAUCGUCCACAUCCUUUUGACGAAGGGGGCCCGCAUAGAAAGGCCUCAUGACUACUUCUGUAAGUGCUUAGAAUGUAUUGAAAAACAGAAGAUAGACUCGUUCAGUCAUUCACAAUCCAGGAUGAAUGCGUAUAAGGGCCUGGCCAGUGCAGCUUACCUGUCACUCAGCAGUGAAGACCCUGUGCUGACCGCCCUCGAGCUCAGCAAUGAACUGGCAAGACUGGCCAACAUUGAGACAGAGUUUAAGAAUGACUACCGUAAGCUGUCCAUGCAGUGUAAGGACUUUGUGGUGGGUGUGUUGGAUCUUUGUCGGAACACAGAAGAAGUGGAGGCCAUACUGAACGGCGACGUGGACCAGUGCCCUCCGAGCGCCUACAACCGACCCUGCCUCAGCCGCGUCAUACUGGCCAUCAAGUACGAAGUCAAGAAGUUCGUUGCCCAUCCCAACUGUCAGCAGCAGCUGCUGACUAUCUGGUACGAGAACCUGCCCGAUCUGAGGCAGCAGUCCGUCGGGGUGAAGUGCUGGAUGGUGAUUGGGGUCACCAUAGGUCUGCCCUUCCUGGCUGUUGCCUACUGGACAAUGCCAUGCAGCAAGCUUGGUCAGAUCCUGCGAAGCCCCUUCAUGAAGUUCGUGGCUCACGCUGUCUCCUUCACCAUUUUCUUGGGUCUGCUGGUUAUCAACGCCUCCGACCGCUUUGAAGGUGUCAAGAACCUGCCCAAUGAGACCAUCACCGACCACCCGCGACAGGUGUUCAGGGUCAAGACCACCCAGUUCUCCUGGACAGAGAUGUUGAUCAUGAAGUGGGUGUUGGGUAUGAUUUGGUCAGAGUGUAAGGAGAUCUGGACCGACGGGCCCAGAGAGUACAUCAUGCACCUCUGGAACGUUCUGGACUUCGGCAUGUUGUCCAUCUUUGUGGCGUCCUUCACUGCACGCUUCAUGGCGUUCCUCAAGGCGACGAAAGCCCAGCAGUACGUGGACUUGCACGUGCCAGACGAAGACAUCAGCAGUGCCUCGCUGCCUGACGAAGUCGCCUACUUCACUUACGCCAGGAACAAGUGGCGCCCCUCCGACCCCCAGAUCAUCUCAGAAGGCCUGUACGCCAUCGCUGUGGUGCUGAGCUUCUCACGCAUCGCCUACAUCCUGCCAGCCAACGAGAGCUUCGGCCCGCUGCAGAUCUCCCUGGGGCGCACGGUCAAAGACAUCUUCAAGUUCAUGGUCAUCUUCAUCAUGGUGUUUGUGGCCUUCAUGAUCGGCAUGUUCAACCUGUACUCUUACUACCUGGGAGCCAAGUACAAUCCUGCCUUCACCACGGUGGAAGAAAGUUUUAAGACUCUCUUCUGGUCGAUCUUCGGGCUGUCUGAAGUGAUCUCGGUGGUGCUGAAGUACGACCAUAAGUUCAUAGAGAACAUCGGCUACGUGCUGUACGGAGUCUAUAAUGUCACGAUGGUGGUCGUCCUCCUCAACAUGCUCAUUGCUAUGAUCAACAGCUCAUACCAGGAGAUAGAGGAGGAUGCCGACGUGGAGUGGAAGUUUGCCCGAGCCAAGUUGUGGCUCUCCUACUUUGACGAGGGCCGCACCCUGCCCGUCCCCUUCAACCUGGUUCCCAGCCCAAAAUCCUUCUACUACCUGGUCCUCCGCAUCAAGUCCGGCUUGAUACACCUCUGCAAGGCCAACAGCCGUCGCCGUAACAACGAGCUGGAGCUGGGCAUGCUCAACUCGCAGGCCAAGGAUGAACGCCUCAGGACGUAUCCACGGCCGGGAGAAGAGUUCAUCCCCAAGAAAUCUACAAUAGACCCGACCAGAUACCAGAAUAUCAUGAAGCGCCUGAUUAAGCGCUUUGUGCUGAAGGCUCAAGUGGACAGAGAGAGCGACGAAGUCAAUGAAGGCGAGCUGAAGGAGAUCAAGCAAGACAUUUCUAGCCUCCGUUAUGAGCUCCUGGAGGAGAAGUCCGAUGCUGCCGGAGAGCUGGCUCUGCUCAUCCAACAACUUGGCGACAAGUUUGGCAAGAACACCAUGAGACACUGACAAGACUCGCAAGAAGGAGAGAGAGGGGAAUGAGAUGUGAUAGAGGGUGAAAUCAGGGAGGAGACGGAGGCAGAGAGCCGGGUCAGGGUAGGUAUUUUUAAGACCUUGAUAGGGGAAGAAGAAAAGGGAGAGGAGAGGGGAAGCAGGAUGUUUAUGAGAUAGACGGGGGAGAAAAUGGAGGAAAAAACGUGAGAGAAAAUUAAAGUUAAAGCAAAUAGCAAGUGUUUUGUAUAUGCAAUGACCACUUAAGGAGGAAUGUGAAAAGAAGAUAGCUGCGACUGCAAGUGAGCGUGAGGUCAGAGGGUCGGAGGUGAAGUAAACACUCAGUCGAAGGGUGUGUUGACAGUUGACUUCUAAUUAAAAGCGACAUCUUCAGGGAGUGAGAAGAGUAUCUGAGAAAAAAAAAAAAAAAAAACUGCCACUGUUUUUCACACCAGAAAGGCCGGCUUUGCUACCACGUCUUCACUUUGUCAGGACAAGCAUAGUGACGCCUGUCGAGAUACUGUAUACCCCUUUAUACACCAGGCUAUCUAAUUAACGCAUUUCCAUCCACAAUGCACAACUUUCAGGAAAAAGCGGUGAAACAGUGUAGGAUUUAUGCACUCAUUUGAAAGUCAUUAAAGCUCCCUCCAAAAAUGCAGUCAGUGACCUUUGUGGGUCCACAUAACACCCAGUGUGAUGUAUAGACGUUUAGUGUUGCAGCUCCAACAUAAGUUAAGGUAGUAGAAAUUGUAGCGUUCAAUAAAAUGGCAAAAGUGCAGAUACUCCAGACAGCAUGUAUUUUUACCUCACUCAGAAUUAUUUGAAAUACAAUGUACUAAGUGCUGCCAGAAAGCAUGCAAGUACGGGUUAAUUAAUGAAUAGCAAAUACAGACAGGAUAUACAAAAACAAAUAGGGAAAUUUCACACGAUACCUCUCCCGCUUUGUUUUGAAGUCGAGGUCUCAUGCAUAUUUGAACAACUUCAAGACAAUAAAAAUGUUAAAUAGGACCUAGAAAACUGUUUUCAUUGUGCUUUUGCAGCACAAAGUGUUUUCUAUAAUAGUAACCCAAAAUGACCUCCAGGAGUUGUUUACAGCUGUAAAAUGCAGGAGGUCAGUGCUUAUGAGGAGCACAUGAAGGCAGAAAAACACUGUCUGAUCUCUUUAGGGCAACCAGACGAGAGAUUGUGGGAGAUAUAGAGAGAUGUCUGGAACAACAGUGCAAUCGUUUGGCUAUAAAACACUGGGAUUGUGCUGCAGGAGCUGUGUGGUCUUGUUUUUCUUUUGGAGGCUUAUUUGACAUACCGCUGCACAAACUGUCUGCGUUAGACUUCACCAGUGAUUCCACUGACAUGGGGAGGUAAUAGUUGAACUGAACUUUAGAUUUAGAGGAUAUGUGAUCCCAGUAAUAAUACACAGUUUGAUAAACUGCUAAUUCUGCCCAUUAGAAUUGAGAUCUUUUUUUAUUGUGAAGUGGAAAACUGUAUCUAGAUACCAAUAGGAUGUUUAAGAAGAUGUUGACCUGUUGGAUCAGCCAUAGCAUCUGUCCGUCAUGUAACAGCAGCCUAUUUUGGGAUUUUGAUAACAAAAAAAUAGCCAUUAGCCGAUUAUUUAUAGUUCCCAAACCUGAGCACAGUCGGGCGAUUGUCUCAGAUUAUUAUAUUUCUAGUUAGGAUGCUUCAGUCAUUUCUAAAAUGUGGUUUCUUACCCGAUGGAUGCCAUUUUGUUCCCCACUGCACACAGGUCUGCUUAUAUUUGUUGUCAUUUAAAAAAUGUCAUAAAUUAGAUAGUUUUGGUAUUUUACAUUUAAUAGUCAGAUUGAAUUGCUUCCUGCGAGUAUUCGCUUUCAAAACCAAUUCGAUAACAUCAAAAAAAGAAAUAUUAUCAAGCUAAAACACCACGGUUUUAUUAUUCUAUUAUUGUGUGGAUGCUAUCCAAUGUCAUUAGCUCCAUAGGUACGGAUCAGCAGGGGGCAUACUGCUCACAUUUAGAGGGCUGUCAUUAUGUAUAAUUUGUUUUGGUGGGAAAACAAAUCAAUUCAUUUUAACAUCAUUAAACAUGACAGUAAAACGUGCAGGACUGUGAGAUGAGUUAUUGCCAUAACAAAUGUGUCUAUAUUUGAAUGCUUGCAGGUCGUUUUUAAAGCUUCUAAGGUAAAGCCUGAGCUCACUGUAGGUGCAGUAACCCCGAGCACACUUCUUAGCACCAUUAAAGGUGAGCGAUCAUUUUUAAUCCGAAGGCUUUAAUUGAAACACUUUUUUAGAGGUAUGAGGUUUUCAAGCUAUCGUGACCGUAUUCUGUUUCAGGUACACAAAUGUUGUUUAGAGUCCUUUAAGUAAGUAGUGUGACUUGUGUCUUUAUUUAUUUGUACUGUAUGUGUCAGAGAGUGAACAAGCAGCUAACUAUUUUCUGUGUGCAGAACCAAGCGAGGAAUGAAAAGACUCCCAGAGAAGGUUUUAUGAUUCCCACCGCUUUAACAACAAAAACCCAAAAUACUGUAUUUUUCACUUGUACGCAAGAAUUAUUGAUUAAACCAAAAUCUUCUACUGUAUAUUGUCAUAUUUUUGAUCCUUGAAUUAAAGAGAGUAUACGCUCUAAA